CCUCUCCUCCAACCAAGGAACCAAGCAUCGAUAUCGCAAUCGCAAUCGCAAGAGAAGCAGCAAUGGCGGUGCAGCUGCAGCGCACGGUGGCGCUCUUCCUGGCCGUCGCCCUUGUGGCGGGGCCAGCCGUCUCCUACGCCGCCGAUGCCGGCUACGCCCCCGCCACCCCGGCCCCCGCCACCCCUGCCACUGCCGGCUACGGCCCCGCCACCCCGGCCCCCGCCUCCCCUGCCCCCGCCACCCCUGCCGGCGGCUACGCCCCUAAAGGGCCAGCUGGGACGCAGCCCAAGGCGACGACCGAGGAGCAGAAUGUGAUGGAGCAGGUGAACAACGCCUUCAAGGCGGCCGUGGCGGCCGCCGCCGUCGUCCCUGGGCCGGACAAGUACAAGAAGUUCACCGACACCUACAUCCCGGACGUGGACAGGGCUAUAGCGGACGUCUUCAAGGGGUCCAACGCCUCAACUUUCACCGCCAAGAUCGGCAUGGCCCAGAAGCUCGCCUACGACUCCGCCGACGGCGCCACCCCCGAGGCCAAGUACGACUCCUUCAUCGCCAUCCUCAGCGAGUCCCUCCGCAUCAUCGCCGGCACCCUCGAGAUCCACGGCGUCAAGCCCGCCACCGAGGAGGUCAAGGGCCCCAUCCCCGCCGCCGAGAUGCAGGCCGUCAACCAGAUCGACACCGCCUUCAGGAUUGCCGCCACCGCCGCCGACGCUGCCCCCGUCAACGACAAGUUCACCGUCUUCGAGUCCGCCUUCGACAAGGCCAUCAAGGAGACCACUGGCGGCGCAUACGCGGGCUACAAGUUCGUCCCUGCCCUCGAGUCCGCCGUCAAGAAGGCCUACGCCGCCACCGUUGCCGAGGCGCCCGAGGUCAAGUUCACCGUCUUUGAGGCCGCCCUCACCAGGACCAUCGCCGCCAUGUGCGUCGCAGCCAAGGGCGCCGCCGGCGCCUCUAACGGAACUGAUGCUGCCGGUGGCUACAAAGCUCCCGCCGCAGAAGCAGCAACCGCCACUCCCACUCCCGCCGCCGAAGCAGCAGCAGCAACCACCACUCCCACUCCCGCCGCCGCUGCCGGUGGCUACAAAGCUCCCGCCGCCGAAGCAGCAGCAGCAACCACCACUCCCACUCCCGCUGCCGCUGCCGGUGGCUACAAAGCUCCCGCCGCCGAAGCAGCAGCAGCAACCGCCACUCCCGCCGCCGCUGCCGGUGGCUACUAGUGCACGUACGUGAUCAUAAGAUUGUGGCGGCCCGCGAUUUUGAUCGAUAAUCAUCAAUUCUUGCGUCCAUGCAUGCAUGGCUAGCUUAUUAAUUAAUUAAUUACGUACAGUAAUUUGUUUCGGAGAGAGACAUCGAUAAUCAUCUGUAAAGCAUAUAUGGAUGAGAUAUAGUAUAUAUCAUCCAUCUGUAAAACAUUCUUUAUAUAUAAUAUACACGGGCUCAUAAUUAUUCCGUUA